AUGCAAGCUCAUCCACUACUUCCCGCUAAAAUGUCCAAAAUUGGUAUUAAUGGAUUUGGACGUAUUGGACGUCUUGUACUCCGGGCGUCAAUAGAAAAGGGAGCGCAAGUAGUUGCUAUUAAUGAUCCCUUCAUUGGCUUGGACUACAUGGUCUAUCUUUUCCAAUAUGAUUCCACACAUGGUCGUUUCAAGGGGACUGUAGAUGCCAAAGAUGGUAACCUAAUUGUCAAUGGCAACAAAAUUGCUGUCUUCUCUGAAAGGGACCCGAAAGCCAUCCCAUGGUCAAAGGCUGGAGCUGAAUAUGUUGUGGAAUCCACUGGCGUGUUCACCACUACAGAUAAGGCAUCAGCUCAUUUAGAAGGAGGAGCCAAGAAAGUUAUUAUCUCUGCUCCCAGUGCUGAUGCCCCAAUGUUUGUAGUCGGUGUCAACUUGGAAGCUUAUGACCCAUCAUACAAAGUUAUUUCAAAUGCUUCCUGCACCACUAAUUGCCUCGCUCCUCUUGCUAAAGUAAUUCAUGACAAUUUCGAGAUCAUUGAAGGUUUGAUGACUACUGUUCACGCCACUACUGCCACCCAAAAAACUGUAGAUGGUCCAUCCGGAAAGUUGUGGCGCGAUGGCCGCGGUGCCCAACAAAAUAUCAUUCCUGCAUCAACUGGAGCUGCCAAAGCUGUCGGUAAGGUAAUUCCUGCACUGAAUGGUAAGCUUACCGGUAUGGCUUUCCGUGUGCCGGUAGCCAACGUAUCCGUGGUCGAUCUCACAGUCCGCCUGGGUAAGCCUGCCAACUAUGAAGCUAUCAAGCAGAAAGUUAAGGAAGCGGCUAAUGGCCCACUCAAAGGAAUUCUUGGAUAUACUGAAGAUCAAGUUGUAUCAUCUGACUUUAUUGGUGACUCUCACUCAUCCAUAUUCGAUGCUGCUGCCGGUAUCUCUCUUAAUGACAACUUUGUUAAACUCAUCAGCUGGUAUGAUAAUGAAUAUGGCUACUCUAGCCGAGUGAUUGACCUCAUCAAGUACAUCCAGAGCAAGGAU